UUUAAUCAGCGUCAGAGGCGUUACUGAGUCCGACUUCACUAGUUUAUUUGCAUGUUGUGACAUUGUUAAAACACCCUUUCUCUCUAAAAAAAAAGAUAAAUUUUGACGGAAUGGCGCUGCUCAGAGUACUGACCGUGUUAAACAGACUUUCUCCAAACAAGUGCUUCAUACCAGCACGACUGUUUGGAAAUGGGACAAACACUUUAUACCAGAGCAAUCCUCCUCAAGCGAGAUUCUUCCCACCUUCUGAAGGUGUUAUGCUUCUCCCAGGAACUUACAAACACAAAGUGGCCUUCAUCACUGGAGGAGGAACAGGACUUGGAAAAGCCAUGACCACCACUCUGUCUUCACUGGGAGCAGAGUGCGUGAUAGCCAGCAGAAAUCUUGAAGUUUUGAAGAAAACCGCUGAUGAAAUCUCACAACAGACAGGAAACAAGGUCCAUGCCGUCCAGUGUAAUGUUAGGGACCCUGCUUCAGUGGAGGCUGCUGUUAACCAGCUUGUAAAUGAUGUCGGCCUGCCUGAUGUGGUGAUAAACAAUGCUGCUGGAAACUUCAUCUCUCCUUCAGAGAAGCUUUCCCCCAAUGCCUGGAGAACCAUCACUGACAUAGUGCUGAACGGCGCCGCAUAUGUCACGCUAGACAUCGGGAAACGCCUCAUCAAAGCUGAGAAAGGUGCUGCAUUUCUGGCCAUCACCACAAUCUAUGCUGAGAGUGGCUCAGGAUUUGUUGUGCCAAGUGCUGCGGCUAAAGCUGGAGUGGAGAAGCUUUGCACGUCUCUGGCAGCAGAGUGGGGCAGAUACGGCAUGAGAUUCAACAUUAUUCAACCAGGACCAAUCAAAACCAAGGGUGCCUUUAGCAGACUGGAUCCCAUUGGUACGUUUGAGCAGGUGAUGUUAGAGAAUAUAGCCGUGGGUCGUCUGGGAACUCCUGGAGAGAUCGCCAACCUUGCCGCCUACCUCUGCAGCGAUUAUGCCAGCUGGGUAUCAGGCGCGAUCAUUCGAAUGGAUGGCGGUGAAUACGUUUCCCUUGCUGGCGAGUUUAAUGGCAUGAAAGAGGUCACACAGGAGCAAUGGGCCAUAAUGGAAGCAAAAAUCAGAAACACAAAAGGAUCGUAAACCUCUGAAACUGCAGUAACUCAGCACUAAUGACAGUCCUGAUCUCAAUCUCCCAUUGUAGUACAGAGGAUCAACUAUUUUGAAAUAUGAUGUUUAGAUUGUGUAAAUUGAGACUUAAAUUGUCUUGGCACAUAAAAAUAUCCACCCAGUGACAUUUUUAUCACAUUGAAUUGUUGUGUGAAGUUUUUGAGCUGUGCUGAAUUCUAGAUUGUGACCAGUCUGCCAUUUCUGCCUUAACUAUCUAUUGUAACGAUGGCAAUUACAUUAUGUAUGCUGUAAACAUGUAGGUUACCUUUUUAGUAGAUAUGAUAGUUUGGUAUACAUUAACUCGUUUCAUGCUAAUUUAUUUUAAAUUAAUUUUCAAAUUAAUUUUGUCAAAAAUAUAUAUUCUGAAGAAUAAAUUCUGCCUU